UCGUAUGAUAGUGUUUAUAUACCCUACUUAGUGCACUACGUUUCCAACAGGCGGUUAUUUUGGUACACAAAUCUACGUGUGUCGCUCGUGUGGUUUAAAAGUAACGUGUGUGUGUUUUUUUUUUUUUUUUUUACAGUUGUGUUUAAUUGACACGUGUUUCAGCUGUGAGGUGGCUCAGAAAUCUCACCUUUAGUUCUAUUUAAGAUUUUUGAAGGUGGAAGGAAACCUGUAAGACCCAGAAGAAACCCACAGAUGGACAUCAUGUGUCACUUAUUUAAAGUUCUUCUCCAUCCUUGAGACCCCAGAACCAGGAAGAACAAUCCUUAAGCAUCAUGAACACAUCCGAGGAAGUCUUGCAGGCUCGCGUGAAGGCUUUGGAGGAGGAAGUGGAGCAACUGAAGUCCCAGCUGAGAGGAAAGAGUGAUGGAGCACAGAGCGACAAGGGGACGAUGGCGUCGUCGAAGGUUCAGGAGAACUCUGGGAAGAUUAAGAAAGGGAAGAGGGCAUUCGACUUUGCCGCACACCCGCGCCGCCACGUGGCGCUGCGUCUAGCGUACCUGGGCUGGCAGUACCAGGGAUUUGCUGUGCAGGAGAACACGGACAACACGGUGGAGGCUCGAGUGUUUGAGGCUCUGCUGAAAACAAAGCUGAUCCAGGACAGGCAGAGCUCCAAUUACCACCGCUGCGGCCGCACAGAUAAAGGAGUCAGUGCUUUCUCACAGGUCAUAUCUAUUGACCUGCGCUCGAGUCAGUUCAGCGGUUUGGGCGUGAUCGUUCCUGCUGGCGUCGGACCUAAAGCCGGGAAUGGAGGCGAGCCGAAAGCCGAGUUGCAUUACGUGAAGAUGCUGAACCGAGUCCUUCCUCCGGACAUCCGGGCUCUCAGUUGGUCUCCGGUGCCUACCGGCUUCAGCGCGCGCUUCGACUGCCAGUCCCGAACAUAUCGAUACUACUUUCCCCGUGGAGACCUGGACAUCGAGCUCAUGGCUGAAGCAGCCAAACGAUACGAAGGGACGCACGACUACAGGAACUUGUGUAAGAUGGACGUUGGUAACGGAGUUCUGCAGUUCCAGAGGACCAUCACGUCCGCUAGCGUACAGCCGUGCAAACCCAGUCAGUCCUCCCCCACCGAUCCUCAGCACCUUCAUGUGUUCGAGGUCAAAGGUCUUGCCUUCCUGUACCACCAGGUUCGUUGCAUGAUGGCAGUGCUGCUUCUGAUUGGCCAGAAACUGGAAGCCCCAGACAUCAUCAGCCAGCUAUUGGAUGUUGAGAACAAUCCCAGGAAACCUCAGUACAGCAUGGCAGUGGAUUACCCGCUGGUGUUGUACGAGUGCCAUUUCGAUGGCCUGAGUUGGAUUAGCGAGCCUGAAGAGGAGAGCCACGUGCUCAGCUCUCUUCUCCAACAUUGGACUCAGACUGCAGUCAAAGCUCAGGUUCUGAACAGCAUGAUCCAUGGGCUGCAGAGCACCGACAAAGAUAAAGCGCUGAUCAUGCCGUGCUGUCUCACGGAAGGAUCCAGACAGCGCAACUACCGUCCUCUGCUGGAGCGGCCGCGCUGCGAGAGCCUGGAAUCGCGGAUCCAGCACUUUGUGAAGAGAGGACGACUCGAGCGUGAGGAAGGAGAGAGCGGGGAGGAGGGCAGCACCAUCUUCAGGGGCAAGAGGUCAAAACUUUCGCAUCAAGCCAGCUCCAGCAAUCAAGAAGAAGCACGAGACAACCUUCUGAGCCAAAAAGACAUUUCUUUACAUCCCUCAUAAUGACUGUUUAACCACUUCUGUUUUCAAGAAGCACCUGAUGGAAAAUAAAACGACAGAUCUCUGGGGUUUGUAAAUUAAAGUAUAAGGGAUGGAGCUUACGUUGAUACUUGAUUGCAUAAAAACUAGUUGUUUUUUUUCCCUCAUUUACUAUCCUAAUUUGGACACCUUAAGCUAGUUAAGUCACACCUGUGCUAAUGUUAGCCAGCUAGCAGAAAGGUUAGUUAAUGUUUCCUCUCCAGCAGGAUCUGUUAAUUAAUUAGCAAGCUCACAAAAAAAAAAAUUGAGAGCUCUAGAGGAUCAGAACAUGUUGUUAUUGACAUAUUUACUUUUUAAAAAACUUAUUUUUAUUGUAUUUUUUUUUUUUACUUUAAAGAGUAUAUUUGUGAAUUUCACAAUCAUGUCAUUUUCAGUUGUGUAUGAUUUCAAUUUGGUUAAAAAGUCACGUCCAUCGUGAAUUCAGAAGGGACGCUGAUUUUAUUAAAUCAUUUUAAUCACCUCAACUUUGCUUGUCUUCUAGGAAGGUUAUGUCUUUUUAAAGGCCCUCUACUUUCUACAAGAUCCCUGCAUAUUAUUAUUAUUAUUUACGAAUGGCAGCUUUAAGAUUUGUGAGCCGUAAACACAUGAACAGACAGGAUUCUACUUGUAAUCCUUUAAGAUUAUAAACAGAUGUUUACCUGUAACUGAGACACAAUAACAUCACAAAAAAACUGCAAAAUACAAACACAACAGUGAUUGAUGCCUUUUGUGCUCAACUUUAUUGGAGGUUUUUGUUCACUAUCAAAGUAUUUAUCCAUAAUGGGACAUUUAAGAACAAGAAGAGACUCAGUGUCAUAUUUUAUGAAAUGGUUUAAUGCAUUA